ACGCGCGCUUUCUUGCUGCACGCGAGCCGCUGUGACUGAAGGAGAAGCUGGAGGGGAAGGAAGGUUCUGGUUCUGGUUCUGCUCGGUCCGGCGCCUCAGCUGCAUUUUUUAAAUUUCGUUUCGUUUCUGAGUCACAGCCGAACCGGGAAUCUAUUUUAAUGCUAUAAUAACUUGGAGACAGUUAGUUUUAUUCACAGCGGAGCUGGACAGCGCGGUGUCUCCUCAGCUUCCCGCAGGUAAACCCGGUUAUCCCCCGCUGUGGGGGGAGGGGCAGCAGGGCUGGGGGGCUUCAAAGCUGCUCAGUUUGUCUGGUUGGAACUCAGUUUUACUGGUUUAACUGGAGCAGUGUACACAGGGAUUCUGCCGUGGUGUUUACUGUGCCUGCAGGAGGUUGGUGGUAUGAGUGUGUGUGGCAGGAAAGCGCUGACCCUGCUGAGCAGUGUGUUCGCAGUGUGUGGCCUGGGCCUGCUGGGCAUAGCUGUUAGCACUGAUUAUUGGCUCUACCUCGAGGAAGGGGUCAUCGUACCUUUCAACCAGAGCACCAGCAUCCACACACACUUUCAUUCUGGCCUGUGGAGACUCUGCUUCCUGUCAGGUGAGGAGAUGGGUCGCUGCUUCACCAUAGAGUAUCUUAUGCCUAUGAGUGUGCAACUGACCAGUGAGUCUACAGUCAGUGUCCUGAAGGUGAUCCGCACAGCCACCCCUUUCCCCCUGGUCAGCCUCUUCUUCAUGUUCGUCGGCUUUAUCAUCAGUAACAUCGGACACAUUCGGCCUCACAACACCAUACUGGCCUUCACUUCUGGAAUCUUCUUCAUGCUGUCAGGACUUUCUCUGGUGGUGGGUCUCGUACUUUACAUCUCCAGCAUCAAUGACGAGAUGUUGAAUAGAAAUAAAAGUAAUGAGGUCUAUUGCAGCUACAAAUACGGCUGGUCCUUUGCGUUUGCUGCUGUCUCCUUCCUACUGACCCAGAGCGCCGGUGUCAUGUCAGUCUACCUGUUUACUAAGCGCUACACGGCUGAGGAGCUGUACAGGCCGCGUGCAAGCUUCUACCGGCCGCGUCUCAGCAACUCCUCCGAGCACUCAACUCAGUUCCUGCAGCGCCGGCACAGUCCCUCAGACAUCUCCAGUGAGGCCUCGUUCCAAAUGAACAACAGCUACCCAGCCCUGCUCAAGAGCCCCGAGUAUGAACAGGUCUCCUUCUCACUCUGCUAAACCCAGACAGAUGUGAAGGUAGACAGGGGGAUAAAUGACCGACUGGCUGGGCAGGUGGACGGAAGUCAUUUCGGAAAGGAAUUUGCUUUAUGAGUGAUUCCACGCUUAUGGGUACUGAAAUGGGGACAUGAACUUAUUUUUAAAAA